AUGGCCUCGGUUACAGACUAUAUAGAUCUGUCUCAGCCAAGUCUGCAGGUCUCUGCAUUGGCUAUUGCUUUCAACCCGAUUUUCUGGAACAUUGUUGCGAGACAGGUGAUCUUCUCCCUGGGCAUUUUCCGUGACCAUCUCUACCUCCAAGCACUGGAAGACCAGCCGUUCUACGAACCCGUGCAUCAACCUUAUAUCGCCUAUGCUUUAUUUGCCUCCGGAAAUGUCCUCGUUAUUUCUAGUAUGUGGGCUCUUGGUGUCACCGGAACUUAUCUGGGAGACUAUUUCGGCAUCCUGAUGGAUGCCCCCGUUACCGGAUUCCCGUUCAACGUCACUGGCUCUCCCAUGUAUUGGGGCAGCACACUUAGCUUCCUGGGUACUUCUUUGUAUUAUGGAAAGGCUGCGGGUCUGCUUUUGACUCUUGAAGUGUUUAUUCUUUACUGGUUUGCCUUGAGAUGGGAGGACCCGUUCACCGCUGAAAUAUAUGCCAAGCGUGAGCGCGAGAGGGCAAAGAGCUCUAAGAGCUCUUAA